UAUAAAAGGGAUGAAAUCUAUAUAUUAAGACAUGUUAAAUAGAGCUUAUAACACUCUAUUCCACCCAUCCGUGUAAUGGUUUAGGAUUCUAACUCCAGUGAGCAAAUUUGUUACGAUUUUAGGGUUACAAUAUUUUCAGAUACCCUGCACCAGCAUCAGAAUAAAUUAAUCAUAUUGAACAUGACUUCAAAACUCCUUAUCGUGAUUCAAAAUAUUAUGUCAGACAUGAUGAACCUGUAAUCGAAAGAGUAGCAAAGGUUACAUUCACAGACCCUUUGAAUGAAACUCCAUCUGAAAAGUAAUUGAUAUUCAUCAAGAAUCUAUUAGAUUAGUCAGAUUAAAAUUGCUUACUAAAGAUCAAGUCAACAAUUCAGAAGCUGUAUAAACGGCAACUUAACAAUACGAAUAAAAAUACGGAUUGCCUUUGUCUUAAAAGGGUAAGAUAUAAUUAUCAAUAUUUUAGUGUAUUGCAAUCAAGUUGGAGGUGGAGAUGCUCUUUAAGACUUUUUCCAAGGUGAAAAUAUCAGAGAAGUCAUGGCUAGCUUUGUGAGACAAUAAUGGGAAGAAGUCAAUGAAAAUGCGCUUGAAGACUUAAACUGUACCAAUUUAGAUGACGAUUACCAUCCAGUUUUAAAUGAGAAGGUCGGAUUCAAUCUUCAAGAAAAUGAUCCUCUUUUUAGAUAACUAAUUGUUGAUUUACACACUUUAGUUAAAAAUAUUGGGGUAAAAUUAUUGAUUGUUAUGAUUUUCAAAAAAGGAAAAAACAAAAUAAGAGGGUCAUCUAACAUUCUUCAGGGGAGAUCCUAACUAUUGGCAUGUCCUCGAUAAUAGUUUCCCAGUUGAAUCCAUUAGAUUGAUUUAAAACACUUUGGGUGAUGAAGUCUCCUAAUUAGGUAUUACAAUGGAUGCUAUGUUUUAUUUUAGAUCCAAAAGCAUUAUAAAAACAACACAACAGAGAGGAUUAUCACAUUGAACAAAAGGUGUAAGUACCCAUAGAAAAUAAAUAUUAUUCAUGAAAUCAUAAAUAAAUAAAAUAUUUAUUCAGUAU